GAAUGGUAUCAUUUUUCUGUCUUUUUUCUUUCUUUUUGUCAUUUCAGUGGAGAAGUUGCAGAAAGAAAUUUCAUCUCUCACUCUAUUGUGAAGCUCAUAAAUUCCAUAGAUAGAUCAUUUUCAGAGUCUCUUUCUCACAAAUUAUGGGAAGAAGAUCUUGAAGCACGUGCACACUCAGAUUAACAUCACACCAGGAUCCACUUGAUCAUCCGAAGACCAUAAAUAUCUCCAUUUAGUUUGUCCCUGUUUUUGCUGCAAUUCAUCUAACAAGCAAUCUCUCAAAUGGGUUGCUUCCAAGUCUCUUGAUUUAUAAACGCAGAACAACAUCCGAUGGCAACCUACUUUCAUGGAAACCCUGAAAUCCAAGCAGCUGACGGACUCCAAACCCUCGUUCUUAUGAACCCUGACUAUGUUCAGUACUCCAACACCCCUCCGCCGCUGCCAAACAACCUUGUUUUCCCUCACGCGCCACCUCUCCACGCCCAACAAUUCGUCGGCAUCCCCCUCCCGGUGUCUACUUCUACCGCCAAUCAAGACCCUGGUUCCCACGAAAUCUCCCCCUUGCAUGGCCUCGUUCAGCGCAUCCAUUACAACAUGUACAACCCUAUUGACACUUCGCGUGAAACCCCACGCGCUCAGCAGGGGCUCUCCUUGAGCCUCUCUUCCCAACAUCCUGGUUAUGGAUCACAAGCUCAAGCGGCUUCGGGUGAGGACAUGAGGGUUUCGUGUGGGUCGGGUUCUUCGGGUUCAGGGGUGACUAAUGGAGUUCCGGGUGUGCAAAGUGUGCUGUUGAGCUCUAAAUUCUUGAAGGCUGCUCAAGAGCUUCUCGAUGAGGUUGUUACUGUUAACAAUACCGAGAUUACCAAGAACGAUUUGGCUAAAAAGAGUAGUGGAGAUAAUACCAAUACCAGUAAGGCUAUCGGAGAAUCGUCGGUGGCGGCAGCAGCAGCAGCAGCAGGAGAUGGCUCUGGUGGCGGAGAAGCUGAUGCUAAGCACGGGGCCGAGCUGACUACGGCAGAGAGGCAGGAAAUUCAGAUGAAGAAAGCAAAGCUAAUUAGCAUGCUUGACGAGGUGGAUCAAAGGUACCGACAAUACCAUCACCAGAUGCAGGUUGUAACUUCAUCAUUUGAGCAAGCAGCCGGGACUGGCUCUGCUAAAACAUACACAUCUCUUGCAUUAAAGACCAUCUCAAAACAAUUUCGGUGCUUGAAAGAUGCAAUCACCGGUCAAAUCCGCGCUGCACACAAGAGCUUAGGUGAAGAAGAUUGCCUAGGAGGCAAACUCGAAGGGUCGUCAAGACUUAAGUUCGUCGAUCAUUAUCUUCGACAACAACGAGCACUUCAGCAGUUGGGAAUGGUCCAGCACAAUGCUUGGAGACCCCAAAGAGGACUACCUGAACGAUCGGUCUCGGUUCUUCGAUCUUGGCUCUUUGAACACUUCCUCCAUCCAUACCCCAAGGAUUCAGACAAGAUCAUGCUUGCAAAACAAACAGGGCUUACUAGAAGUCAGGUGUCAAAUUGGUUCAUAAAUGCUCGAGUUCGGCUUUGGAAGCCAAUGGUGGAAGAGAUGUAUUUGGAGGAAAUCAAGGAAUAUGAACGAAAUGGUUCAAAGGAGAAAACAAGCAAGAGCCUUAACGAUGAAGAUUCAACAUCCAAAUCCACUGCACCAGACAAAUGUAGUGCAGACAACAUGGCAAAAAGUUUCAGUUCCAAACAGGACAAUAUCUCAAACCAGAUCGGUUGCUCAAUGUCCAUUUCCAUGGCAUUAACAUCUCCCCUUGCCGGAAACAUUGGCAACCAGUCCGAAUUCUCCUUCAUCGGAUCAUCCGAACUGGAAGGGAUCACUCAAGGAAGUCCAAAAAAGCCAAGGAGCACUGAAAUAUUGCAGCCGCCAAUGGAUUUCAAGCAAACAACCGAGGCCAACAAUGAUGUCAGCGUGAAGUUUGGCAAAAAUGGGUACGCAUUUAUGGGAACCAACACCGAUUUUAUGGGAGGUUUCGGACAAUACCCCAUUGGAGAAAUAGGAAGGUUCGAAGCAGAACAGUUCACUCCGAGGUUUUCAGGCAAUGGUGUUUCACUCACUUUGGGACUUCCCCACUGUGAAAACCUGUCUUUAUCAGGCCCCCAUCACAGUUUUCUCACGAACCAAACCAUGCAAAUGGGGCGAAGGCUCGACGUUGGUGAACCCAAUGAGUUCGGGUCUAUGACUAUCAGCCCUUCCACACCACACUCUUCUGCUGCUGCAUUUGGCAACAUCAGCAUUCAAAACAGGAAAAGGUUUGCAGCACAAUUGUUACCAGACUUUGUUGCCUGAUCAAAAUGCUGAUUUCGGAUUCAAGAAACUAGCUGGGAAUGA